UCUGUCUGUCCCUUUGAGCAGCCGAAUAACCAGAACAUCACUCCGCCUCUUUACACUGAGACGCUCUCACUGGAGCACAGUUCAUUUACAACCAUUGCAGUGGUGCAGUACGCACAAUGAUGAACUUUACCUCGAUGAUGGCUUUACUCUCUACCUUCAGCUGGAUCUCUGUCUCAGUUUCUGAGUUUCACACUGUGGAGCUUCAGCCUGGUGAAGAAGCCACACUGAUGUGCUCCAAUUUUAGCAGAGUGAUCGCUCACAUAUUCUGGUUCAAACUUGACAACAGACCAAACAUCAGCUGCAUCUCCUCAAUGGUGUGCGUUGAUUGCAAUGUUUCUCUCUAUGAUGGAUUUCAAAAUGGCAAAUUCAAUAUGACAUCCAACAUCACGACCAUCUUUCUCACAAUCAAACAAGUGGAUUUCUCAGACUCUGGACUGUAUUUUUGUGGAACUAAAUCAUACAGCAAGCCAGUUAUUGUCAGUGCAACACAUUUAAAGGUUCAAGUUGAAGGGCUUGAUGGAACAACAGAGCCAACAUAUGUGAUCCUGGGUGCUCUGAUUGCUGUCCUUGUUAUGGUCUUCAUGGGUGUGAUUGUCAAAAUCUCAAGAUUUCAAACAGUUCAUAAAGAAAGACUGAAUCCACAACAGAGUGAGAACCUGGACUCUGAUGCCUUGACCUAUGCAGCACAGAGUCUCAGUCCAAAAGCAAAAAGAAGACCUGCAUCAAAGAACCCGAUGGAGACAAAUGUUUUGUACACCACCAACAGAUAGACUCAGAAAACAUCUGGAACAGCAGCUCAGAGUGGAGCUUGUGGAUGUAAAAUUAUAGUCUUAUUGUUUAUUCACUCCAUGUGCCCAAUUAUGUUUUGUUCAAGGGCCCCAAAGCUUUGCUUAACUUCAUGCUCAUGUCCUGAAAAGUAUUGGCUUAUCUGAGGAAUAAAGGUCACAUUCUAUUCUGUGCAGUUCUUCCACUUUCUAGUGUAACCUAUACAGGAGGUAAUGCUCUGCAGUUAGUCUCUGUUUACAUCACUUGUAAAGUUGUCUUUGGUUAGCCAACUUACUGGAAAAUAUAAAUAUAUAUAAUGUAAAAUAAAAGGCAGUGUGUUUAUCCUGUC